GUUUACAGGAACAUAGCUCUGCUUAACUGUUCUGAGGCAGAGCAGUUCGAGGAAAGUAUCCGUUCUCUACAGCCGAGAGGAGUAUCAGAAACUACCUACAAGACACUGAAGUUCAUGACACUAUGAUAAUCCAGGACAAAGUGGCGUUUGUUACUGGCGGGGCACAGGGGAUAGGACGCGCUAUAUGUAAGGCACUGCUGACAAAAGGAGCCAAGGUUAUUAUAGCGGAUAUCAACGUCACAGAGGGGAAGUCGACAGCGUCAGAGUUUGCCACUGAGUAUGCUGAUAACGUCACCUUCAUUGAAUGUGACGUCACAAAUCAAGAAAGUGUGGAAGGCAUUAUGCCCUUUUUCGCCUGUCCCUCAUAUUGUGCCUCAAAGUAUGGCAUCGUUGGAUUCACAAGGUCUAUUGCUAUGAGUCCAGAUUUUGAUUUGCACAAAGUACGCAUGAACUGCCUAUGCCCGGACAUGGUUGAUACCCCCAUGAUCAGCCGUUUUUCCAAAGAAGGCGAAAAGAAAGGGUUUAUUAUCCAUUAUGAUCACGUCAAAGAUGCAGUGAAGCAACCACCGCUAAAGCCACCUGCAGUGGCUGAUGUAUUCAUAGACCUGGUUGAGGAUGAAAGCAAGAAUGGAGCGGCUUUGCUUAUCCCACGAAAGGGUCCUCCGCGAGACAUCGAGUUUCCGGUAUAUCAGUGACAACCACUUACAGAAGAAGCC